AUGCUCCACCAUCAACCCCAGAUCCUCUCUCCUCUCAACGAGAUGGACUCUCAGUCAAACUCAUCCAGCCUCCGUGCACGCAAGAUGUCUUCUGGAGGCAACAGGUCUUGGUCCGAGGAAGAGGAAAACUACCUCCUCCAGACCCGCAUGCAGAAGAUGCCCUACAAGCACAUUGCUGCUCAUUUGAAGAAGACUGAGUUGGCUUGCCGCCUGCACUAUCACCAAUUGUCGCACGGUAGCCAUCGCCGUAAGCGCACCUCAUCCGUUUCCUCGACCGCUUCUUCCAAUUCCGCCGGCCAGUCCCCGGCUUAUUCAAUGGCAGUGGACCAUGACGAUUACUCUCAAUCGUCCCGUCACGCAUCUCCCAUGAGCUACACCAGCGGCAGCCCUCACAUCAGGGCUUCCUCCGUCAGCGCCUCUCCCAACCGCAACCAGCACAAGAUCCUGCUUCCCAAGCCCCACCCGAUGACUCCUCGCGAGUCUCCCGAGCCUCUCAACGCCCUCCGCAUCAACACCGAGGUUGCUCACCAGCCCAAGGUCGUCGAUACUGAGCGCCUCCGCUCCAUCUAUGAGGCCCGCCGCCAGCAGUUCUGGGCCACCAUCGCUGCCGACUAUGGCACAGAUGUCUCCCCCGCCCAGCUCGAGGAGAUCUGGCGCAGCGGCUCCCGUGGUGUCCGCCCUCCCACCCCAGAUGCUUCUCCCGAUGGCACCAGCAUGUACAACCCUGUGCUCAAGCCCUCUCCCUUCCCACCAUAUGCUUCUCCCGUUCCCUCGGAGCCUAGGCAUUACAGCCCCAUGAACAUCAGCUCCAUCUCUGCCCCCGAGCGCAUGCCAUAUGUUCUCCCCAUGCCCGUUCCUUCUCGACAGAGAAGCGGCACCUGGAGCUCGGCCCCGCGCGACAACGUCCCCAUUGCCAGCCUCCUGACCGAGGACAAGAACCCUCGGGAUCAGUAG